AUGGCACAGAUAGGAUUGGCGUCGACGGGGGCACGCCUGAAUCGCACGCCUGCUGAGAUGGAGAAAGGGGAUAACGUUCUCUUUGAAGAGGCCAAUGGAAGUGACCGAUCUACUGAGGGCGAGUUCACCUGGACACCUGAGGAAGAGACCAAGGUCCGACGCAAGCUAGACCGAGUGAUUGUGCCGCUCACUACCUUCCUUUACUUGCUAUGUUUCCUCGAUCGAGUGAACGUUGGAAAUGCGCGUAUCCAGGGCGUAUUUGAAGGUGGUGUAAUGCCUGGCCUUGCAUUCUUCAUCACCUGCUUCUACAAGCGCAACGAACUGUUGUUCCGUAUCGGUAUCUACGUCUCCGCAGCCUCCAUGGCUGGAGCCUUUGGUGGACUGCUCGCCACUGUUCUCGCUCUUUCAAAGUCAGCUGGUAUGAGCAGAACGUUGCUCAUAUUGCGCAAGAUCCGAUCGCCCAUCAUGAAGAUACUCACCACCCUCCUAGCUGCCGUUGCUGUGGUAGAGGCACAUUACACCUUUCCACGUCUCGUUGUAGACGGACAGCCAGAGGAUAAAGACUGGUCGUCAACUCGCGAAACUAAGAACGCAAAUACCAAGCAAGGCAUCGAGAAUCCCACCGUUGCCGACAUCCGCUGCUACACGUCCAAAACCGCGCCAAACGUCAAAACCGUUCCAGCCGGGUCUAUGAUCCACUACAUCUCCACGCAACAAGUUAAUCACCCAGGGCCAACACAAUAUUAUCUUGCAAAAGUUCCAGAUGGCAAGGAUGUAAAGAGCUGGGAUGGGAACGGCGCAGUGUGGUUCAAGAUCAGCACUACAAUGCCAAGCGUGAAUGCGCAGAAGCAAAUGAGCUGGCCAGGACAAAACGAGUAUGUUACACCAAACACGACAAUUCCUGCUACCACACCCUCGGGCGACUACCUGCUUCGCGUUGAACAUAUUGCACUACACAUGGCUAUGCAAGCCAAUAAAGCGCAGUUUUACUUGGCUUGUUCGCAGAUCAAGAUUACUGGGGGAGGAAGUGGGAUACCGGGACCUCUUGUUGCGUUCCCUGGCGCCUACAAAAGUAACGAUCCGGGGAUUCUUGUAGAUCUGGGUAAGUACACGGCAGCCCCUGAGACGUACCAGCCACCAGGUCCAGCUGUUUGGCGUGGUUGA